CCCAGCUCUUUUUCACUUUUACCUUUUAGAUCCCCGUCUCCCUGACCUGUGGCCGCCAUCCGAGACCUGCUCGUUUCUUCCUUCGACCUCUCUCCAUAAAAAUCCUCAAAUUGCAUUCGACCGGAUCGUCGUCUCUGCUAUUCGAUCUGAACCUCGCCCUAAAAACCUUAGCUUUCUCUCUCUUCAUCGACGAAGUCAAUCGGGUCCAGAGAGAUUAGGUCAAUCGGGUCCAGAGAGAUUAGGGCUUUUUAUGGAGAGGGUUGUGGCAGAGAAAUACAAAUUAGGUCGCAAAAUUGGGAGCGGCUCGUUUGGCGAAUUGUAUCUUGCAACGCAUAUAGUGACUGGCGAGAAUUUGGCGGCCAAGAUUGAAAAUAACAAGACAAAACAUCCACAACUUUUGUACGAGGCAAAGCUUUAUAAAAUUCUGCAGGGAGGAAGUGGUAUUGCAAGCAUAAGAUGGGCGGGAUUUGAUAAGGACGAUAAUGUUCUCGUCAUCGACUUGCUGGGACCGAGUCUUGAAGACCUCUUUGUGUACUGUGGGAGGAGGUUUUCACUGAAGACGGUCUUAAUGUUGGCAGAUCAGAUGAUUACCAGAAUAGAAUAUGUACAUUCUAAAGGGUUUCUUCAUAGAGACAUCAAACCAGACAACUUCCUCAUGGGUCUUGGCAGGAAAGCAAAUCAAGUUUAUGUUAUUGAUUUUGGACUUGCAAAAAGAUUUCGGGACCAAAUUACACACCGGCAUAUUCCGUACAGAGAGAACAGAAGCUUAACAGGAACUGCACGCUAUGCUAGUUGCAAUACCCAUUUGGGAAUAGAUCAGAGUCGCCGGGAUGAUUUGGAGUCACUUGGAUAUGUUCUUCUGUACUUCUUAAGAGGAAGCCUUCCUUGGCAGGGUCUAAAAGCUGCAACAAAGAAGCAAAAAUAUGAUAAGAUUUGUGAGAAGAAGUUAUCAACUCCCAUUGAGGCCCUAUGUAAGUCACAUCCUGUGGAGUUUGCGUCGUACUUCCAUUAUUGCCACUCUUUAACAUUUGAUCAACGCCCGGAUUAUGCAUUCUUGAAGCGCUUGUUUCGCGACUUGUUUAGCCGUGAAGGAUACGAGUUUGACUAUAUAUUUGACUGGACAAUUCUAAAAUAUCAGCAGGCACAGCAGACAAGGACUCAGGGUCAAUCAUCUAAACCGCAGCCACCUGUAGUAGUCCACGGUCGAGAAGUUCCUAGUGGUCAAGCAGUACCAAUGAGGCUUAAAGGCGAUGUUUCUAGAUCAGCUGAGCUCACAGAACGCGAGCGGCCAAGCAAUCAUGUGCAUCCAGAUGUUCAUAUGCAAUAUAGAUCCUCAACAACCCAGAAUUCGGGUGCUAAUAAUCCUGUUGAGAAACACAAUGUGAGUAAUGCACCUACGCCACCUACUGCAUUUACUCUCAGAAGACAUUUUCAAAAACCAGAGGGGCCAGCUGAAAAUGCAGACUUAGGCCGUAGAGUUGGGAAUCAAAAUGGUGCUUCAAGCAGUUGGAUGCCGUCAGUAAACCAAAUUUCUUCAGCAAAGUAAUAGACCUGAAUGAGAUUGCCCAGAGCUUGCAUCUUUAUGUAGCAAAUGCCGGGAAGUUUGGGUUGCUUGUUUUCUCCCAUGUCAAAUUUCAUUACACAUGUGAAAACUUCGCCUGGCAAAAUCUGGACACACAGGAUGUGCUUGGACUUCUGACCUCUGAAGCUUGGAGUUUCCGCGUUUAUAGGUGGAAAAAAUGACUAAGCCCAUAUCGUGUUGUGUGGAUAUGUGUAAAGUGUAUUUUCCAUUAUUCUGAUAAUAGAUGAUAGAUCAUACAAUCCUUUCCGGCAUUAUAAGGUUGUUUUGACUAUGUAUUUCAUUCGAUUCAGGAUUGAGUUGCUUUCUGUUCUUAGUCUUUUUCGGAUCAAAGCCCUGGAUAUGUUCACCAGGUCCUUCAGAAUCUGGAAAAAGAGUACACUAGUAGUUCAGAUCUUGAAUGGGAGAACUUCAUUGGGCGUCUUGAUCUCAAUUGAAGAGGGUAUUAGAGAUCCCUCUUUCUAUCGCUCGUUAAAUUCUUCGAGCUUUAUAUGUAGAAGCUUUAAGCAGUGCAUAAUUGAAGCAGGCUGGACUUGAUCAAUGAUUUGUUUUUGUUUCUAUGUUAUUGAAGGAUUUAUUUUUCCAGCCAUUGUAGAAUACUCCUUUCGGCGUCUUGAGUUCUUGUAGUAUAAAACUUGUGAUUUUGAGCUC